AUGUGACAUUUUAUAUUCUCUCUCUCUCUCUCACAACACAACCAGAACAAGAGAAAGAAAGACCACAAAAUGAUGUGGAAAUUUUGCUGAAUAAGACAACUCACCAUACCUUCCGUCCCAACACACACCAUUACACCGCUGCUUUUCUACCUUUUCCCCUUCACAACACAAACAAACUUAUUAUUCUCUCUCUCUCUCUCUCUUCUCCAAUCAAUACAUAAAAAAAAACACACAUGCAACUGUGCAAAUCAUUGGGUUCCUCUGCACAAAACCACACCACCCCACUUCAUUUUUCUUCUUAAAUUCCCCUCCUUUCUUUCUUCACUCUCCUAUCUCAAUUUGCUCAAUAAUCAAAAAGUUCGCGUCUUUCGGGGUUUUCGUUGCGUUUCAGCAUCUGGGUUGUCGGGAAUUGCUGCAAGGUCAUGCCGCCGGCGCUGUCGGAUCCGUUGUCGGCGUCUCCGCCGAGCUCCGACGCCGUUUCGCGGCGAUCGGCGCCGGAGAGUCGGCGAUUCGGUGAUCUUAGAGGGUUGCAGUGGAGAAUAAAUCUUGGGGUGUUGCCGUCUUCGACUUCGACUUCCAUUGAUGAUCUUCGUCGAGUCACCGCUAAUUGUAGAAGAAGAUAUGCUGGCUUGAGAAGGCGCCUUCUGGUUGAACCACAUGUUCCAAAGGAUGGAGCUAAUUCACCUAAUCUGGUCAUUGACAAUCCACUUUCACAAAAUCCAGAUAGUACAUGGAGUCGCUUUUUCCGCAAUGCAGAGCUGGAGAGAAUGGUUGAUCAGGAUUUAUCGCGUUUAUACCCAGAACAUGGCAGUUAUUUUCAGACACUGGGAUGCCAAAGCAUGUUGAGACGAAUUUUAUUACUGUGGUGUCUCAGGCAUCCAGAAUUCAGUUAUAGACAAGGAAUGCAUGAAUUACUUGCCCCUCUGCUUUAUGUUCUCCAAGUUGAUCUGGAGCGUCUUUCAGAAAUUCGGAAGCUUUAUGAAGAUCACUUUACGGAUAGAUUUGAUGGCCUUUUAUGUCAAGACAAUGAUCUUUCUUACAGUUUUGAUUUUAGAAAAUCUCCAGAAUUGACAGAGGAUGAAUUUGAUUCACGUGGAAAUGCUGUGAAAGUCAAUAGUCAUGGUGAACUUGAUCCUGAGAUACAGACCAUUGUAUUACUAAGUGAUGCCUACGGAGCUGAAGGUGAACUAGGUGCUGUUUUGUCUGAGAAAUUCAUGGAACAUGAUGCAUUCUGUAUGUUUGACGCUUUGAUGAGUGGUGCCCAUGGUUCAGUUGCAAUGGCCGAUUUCUUCUAUUCCUCUCCUGUAUCUGGGUCCCAUAGCAGCUUGCCUCCUGUGAUUGAAGCUUCUACUGCAUUGUAUUAUUUGUUGUCUCUUGUAGAUUCAUCUCUCCAUAGCCAUCUUUUUGAUCUUGGGGUUGAACCCCAGUACUUUUCUCUUCGAUGGUUGCGAGUUUUAUUUGGACGAGAAUUUUCACUUGCCAACCUCUUGAUCAUCUGGGAUGAGAUCUUUGCAUCGGAGAAUAGCAGCAUGGAAAAAGGUGCUGUUGACUGUGAAUUCAGGAUCUUAAGUUCACCUCGGGGAGCAUUUAUCUCAGGGAUGGCAGUAGCAAUGUUACUUCAUUUAAGAUCUUCACUACUUGCAACCGAAAACCCUACAAGGUGUCUCCAGAGAUUAUUAAACUUUCCUGAAGAUGUUAAUAUUGAAAAACUACUAGAGAAGGCCAAAUCCUUGCAGGGGCUUGCACUGAGUGUUGAUAUUUCAUCCUCAUCACUUUUGUAUAUAGGGUUUCAUUUCCAGAAUAAAUCACUGUUUACUAGAUCUGUGACCCUUCCAUCUGAAUCCGUGUCUCCAAAAACAUCUCUGAAUGUGUUACCUGAUAGCUAUUGGGAAGAAAAGUGGAGGGUUGCCCAAAGGGCUGAAGAGCUUAGGCAAGAUGGUCUACAAAAACAGGUUCCCACUCGAAAAAAGGGAUGGGCUGAAAAGGUUAAAUUCAGUUUGAGAAGGGCAGAAUCUGGCCCUCCUUCGAGGAUUCAGGGUGGCAAAAAAUUUAGGCGCAGUUUGUUGGAAGAUCUUCGCAAGGCACUCGGCUCAGAUGAAGAUGCAGAGCAAAUGCAGCCAGAUGAAACCCUAUGCCAGCAUGAUAAUCCUUCUGAAACAGUUGAAGUACAAGAAGAUGGCUGUAAUGGAGACAACAAUUACUCGUCUGAUGAUAGAUCUCCAAGUGGAAAUUCUGGCAGUGAGGGAGACUUGUCUAUAUUUUCUGAUCCAACUAGUCCCCCUAAUGAGGCCAAUGAUCAUGAAAUUACCUCAGGGAAAAGUAGUGUUGCAUCCAAUUCAUCCCUUGAUGAAGUCAAUGAAACUUCAUCCUUCACAAUCUCCGAUCCCCCUGAGAACAUUUCUCGGACAUCCCAGUGCAAUGCUGGAAAUUCUCAAUGCAAUGAAACUUCAGAUACCAUUCCCGAUGAUCCAUCCCUUCCAAUCUCCGAUCCUCCUGAGAACAUUUCUCAGACAUCACAGUGCAAUACUGGAAAUUCUGAAUGCAAUGAAACUUCAGAUACCAGUCCCAAUGAUCCACCUCUUCCAAUCUCUGGUCCUCCCGAGAACAUAGCGCUGGUGUCAGGGUGCAAUAACGAUCAUGCAGUAAAAACAGCCACAUCUCCUAAAGAGAAAAAACAGAAUAAGUUUCAGUGGUUGUGGCCAUUUGGUCGGAAUGCUACUGAGGCUACCUCUGACAAAGUCGGAGGUGCUGCUGAAGCCACCAACCAAUGCAGCAAUCAAAAUAAUACUCCACAGCCAUCGUCAUCUUCGGCUAAUGAGCAUGGUAGUUCAGUUAGUUGCAGAGGAGAAUCUGUCGACCAGAAUGUGAUGGGCACUUUGAAGAAUAUUGGGCAGACUAUGCUAGACCAUAUUCAGGUAAUUGAAUCUGUUUUCCAACAAGAACGCAAAGGCCAAGUUACUGCCAUGACAGCUCUCAAAGAGCUUCGGAAAAUUAGCAAUCUUCUGUCUGAGAUGUGAGGUGAAUGAUGUAUAUAUAUAUAUAUAUAUAUAUAAAUGCUGUAAUUACAGUUCAUUAGUGCUUAUGGAAUUAGGUUCUUCUGCUACUCUCGUUGAACCUCACCAAAAUUUUGCAGAGAGAUGAAUGUGUACAUAUAUUUAUCCGGGUUAAAGAAUAAAUAAACUCCUAUUUAUGCUUAUGUUAUGAUGGGAUUGAUUUGGUUUGGUUCA